AUCCUGCACGGAUUAAAGAUGGCGCCCUCUCAUGCGCUGAGGUGCUGCAAACGGGCUCUUAACUGGGUACCGGUCCUGUUUAUUAACCUGGUUGUCGGUUGGUCUUACUACGCUUAUGUCGUGGAGCUCUGUGUGUAUACAAUACCAAAUAAUGCAGAACGAAUCAGCUACUUGGUCAUCUUCCACAUUUUCCUUGCAAUGUUCAUAUGGUCCUACUGGAAAACUAUCUGGUCCACACCAGCCGGCCCCUCAAAAGCAUUCAGUCUGCCCAGAGCAGAGAAGGAACUGUAUGAGAGAGAGGAGCGGGCCGAGACGCAACAAGAGAUUCUGAAGAAAGUGGCGAGGAAUUUACCCGUGUAUACACGCACGGCAGGGGGAGCCAUCCGAUACUGUGACAACUGCCAGGUAAUCAAACCUGACCGCUGCCAUCACUGCUCAACCUGUGAAAUGUGUGUGCUAAAAAUGGACCAUCACUGCCCCUGGGUGAAUAACUGUGUUGGAUUCUCAAAUUACAAGUACUUUGUCUUGUUCUUGGCCUACGCCUCUCUCUACUGUGUAGUAAUUUGUGCAACAGUCAUCCAGUAUUUCAUCAAAUUCUGGACUAAACAGCUGCCUGACACGCACGCCAAAUUCCACAUCUUGUUUCUAUUUUUCGUUGCGGCCCUGUUCUUUAUCAGCAUCCUGUCACUUCUCAGCUACCACCUAUGGCUUGUGGGAAAGAACAGGACCACUAUAGAGGCUUUUAGAGCUCCGGUCUUCGCAAAUGGUCCGGACAAAAAUGGGUUUUCGCUCGGCUUUUGCAGAAAUGUAGCUGAGGUGUUUGGAGACCAAGCAAAGUACUGGAUUUUUCCUAUUUACUCAAGUCUGGGAGAUGGACAUUCCUUUGUUACCAGAUUGGUACACAUAGAUCCUGAACAAGCAAACAGUGUCCUGCAGCAAAAUGGAAAAAGCCCUGCUGAUGGGGAGACCAACCCUUGUGUGCUUGGCAACAAAAUACAACACACAGUGGACGACAGCAAAGAGAAAACUGAUGGAGGCAAGAUGGUGUCUGUGACAAUGGAGAGUGAGCCGUAGCAGGUCGCAAGCACAUCAGGAAAGAGCUCAUCAACUAUGAUGCCUUAAAUCAGGUGCAUCAGCACCUCCACAGGAGCCGUCCUCCACCCUCAUUUUCAUUUUGACAGUGCAACCUCAAGCCACAUGUUCUGUAUGUACAUUAAACAGAACAUCCUUCAUCUACAGUGCUUUAAACAAUACUGUUAUCAUGUCAACUGAGACUGUACAGGGACCUCAAUGACCCCACCAGGUCAUUCAGAGGUGAUUCAGCAGUUUUGUCUUUGUUUUGAGCCAAAGACACUCAAAAAAUGUUUUGUAAUCAUUGCAUCUGAAAAACUCUGGGACCCCUUGAGCCAAUGUAUGUCUACAUUGUCUGAAUUUGUCUACAUGGAUUAAUCACAUUAUACAUUUCAACAAGAGAAUCAUCCUUUUAUCAGUAUUAAUCAAGCAUUAACGACUAAGCCUCCAAUCUGGUUAUUUUUGAUGUAGAUCAGUGUGAACCACUAAAGCGAGAAUUGUAUAACUCAUACAAAAUGGUGAGGGAUUUCAAUGCUGUGUCCAAUAUGUCUUAUCAGUUUUUAACUCCAAGCACAGUGCAAUUAUUAAGACCAGUAGUCAGUUAUCAAAGGGUCUAAUUUAGUUUACAGUUUACCUGAUUGAAAAGAUUUAAAGGUCUCUCUGUUUACACUUUUAAGAUAUUAUUUUUGCAUUUAAAAUUGUAUAUGAUGGGUAAAUAUACAGGUGAUAUAAGCUUAAAAUGUGAGGACCAAUUCCAGUUUAACUGCAGUUAAGACUGUUUCUCAUUCCUAAUAAUUAAGACACACAACCAGUAGAUCACCUACUGUAUAAUGCUAUUGUAUAAUAUCAAGGAAAUUACCAUUUUUCACUGCACUAUAGAUAUUUGUAAUUUAUUUGUUAUCAAGCUUUUAUAAAUUAAUUGCAUUGUCUUUCCAUGUAUAUUCAUUUUAUUUAUUUAUAUUUAUUACCUUUUUAAAAAGAUACUAGAUUAUAGGUCAUGUUUGUCCUUCCAUAACCAGGUUCAUACUCAUGAUCAAUCCUUUGCUUUAUAUUUGUAUACAAUGAAUCAACCUUGAGUGUUAAUGUAAAGGAUCAAUCUGUGUUCUUUCCAUUUGUUUUUCCAGUUUGAUAAGAUUUAUUUGAAAGUUUGGAAAACAAAGAGCACAAAAUGAAACCACUAUUUUAAAAAAAACAACUAAAAAAAAAAACAUAAGAUCAUGUCAGAAAGGUCAGGGAAAUUUGUCCCACUGUGUCCAUGAGCCUAAACCAGGGUAGAUGAGGUGUCAUAAUAAAUAUUCCUCUGUGCUCCUGGCGGCUGUUUCAUUACAUUAUAUUCCUUUUAUUGGACACAAUUCACAGCACUGUGUGGUUGGGGGGUUCACCUGAGUGAUCAGCAGAUAAUAAAAGUUGUGUGUAGAUCUUACUGACUGAGUGGUCGCCCAUGUGAAUGUACUCACAGUAGUUUAAUAAUUAAUUUCACUGACUGAACUUGGCUUAAUACACCAACCAAGCAGCUAGAGCCGCUAAUGUAGUAAGGCCUGUAAAUAACUUUUUAUUGAGAAAAUGAUUCAUGCAGGGUGAUCUUCAUUGUUCUGUAACAAUAAAUGUAAUGUAAGAAACUAUAAAAUGUGGUUCUUCAUCUUAAACAUAAGUACACUGUGAUUUGUAACAAAUGAGAGCAGUGUAGAAUUCUUGUCUGUGAAACAACUGUGAUGACUGACUUUGUGGAUUACAGCCCUGCCUUUUCAGAUGUUUGUCAUAUCAGUUUAAUCUAUAGAUUUGUCCAGAUUCCAGUCAAAUUACUUAUUUAUGCCUGAGCAAUGCAAAAAAUAUCAAAUUGUAGUGUUUUAACUAUGGAUUGAUAUUUUUGGCUUCUAGCGAAAUUAACUAUUGGGCGGAUUGCCAUAAGGCUUGGUGCAGAACUCCAUGUUUCCAUCAGGAUGAAUUGCAAUUUUUGUAAUCCCUUAACUUUUCAGCUAGUGCCAUCAUCGAGUCAAAAUUUUAAUUCGUCCCAUACUUGGGCUUAUGACUUGCUAAAUACCUGGAAAAGCUCCCAACAUCACCAUCAACCCAGUUGUGCUUUGUCUUUAGUGCUAAUUAUCAUAAGCUUGCUGACAUAAUUUAAGCACAAAGCACCGCUGUACCAAAGUACAGGCGCAUAGAGCCACUAGCAUCACUGUAGACUCUUAGUCUUGUUAAAUCUAAGGUGGUCACUGGAGCUCCAUACUGUUUAGCCACCAAAAAAAAAGGAAAAAAAAUCUCCCUGUGAUAAUUGCUGAAAUGGUUAUGAAAAAAAACUCUAUAUUGACCUGAUAUGACUUCAGUCUGAUUGGCUUCUCUGAUACUUUGUUCAAAUCUUAUCUUACCGGAAGAGAAUUUUUUGUAAGCAUGGAUGAAUGUUCAUCUAAAAGCUAUAAAAUGAAUUGUGGUGUAACCUUUAAAUGCUGCCACUUGAAAACGUCACCGGGAGGCACGGCAUCCAUUUCCAGAGCUAUGCUGGUGACACACAGCUUUACAUUGUUGUGUCUCCUGAUGACCCAAGGCCAAUUGAUGCCCUUUUAAACUGUAUUUUAGAUACCAAGUUAUGGAUGGCAGAGAAUAUUUUCCUAAAGCUCAAUCACGACAAAACUGAAGUCUUCGUCAUUGGCACUGAAGCUCAGAGAGAGAAACUCAGUGUGAAACAUCAAGCGCUGGAAUUGAACCACGAUCAACAACUGAAUAACCUAGGAGUCAGAUCAGUUUUGAGCCUCACAUUAGAAACAUAACUAAGACUGCAUUUUACCAUUUGAAGAACAUUGCCAGAAUGCAACCGUUUCUCUCUCAAGCCAAAGCCUAUGCAGAGACACUGCUGCACGCUUUUAUUACCUGCAGGAUUGACUAUUGUAACGCUCUGCUUUCUAGUCUCGCUAAGAAGAUUUUAUCUCAACUACAACUGCUUCAAAACUCAGCCGCACGUGUGUUGACUAAGACGAGAAAGAGAGCACACAUUACACCAAUUAAAAGUCUCUGCACAAGCUACCUGUCUGCUUCACAACUGAUUUUGAGAUCCUUUUAUUGAUUUACUGGUUGGACCAGUUUAUCGGAUUUGCUUUUAUCCUAUGAACCCUCUAGAAACCCUCAGGUCUUCUGGUAGUGGCCUUUUAAUCAUACCCAAAAUCAGAACAAAAACCCAUGGAGAGGCAUCCUUUUUAUUACUAUGGUCCACGCCUCUGGAACAGCCUUCCUGAAGACCUGUGGGCAGCAGAGAAAUGCUGAUAUUUUUAAAAAGCAAACUCAGGACUUCCCUUUUUAGUCUGGCUAAUUGAAUUCUAUGUAUUUCAUUUAUUUAUCUGUCUAUUUAUCAUACAUUUUAGUCUGUUUUACUACUUGGUAUAUCUUUUUAUUCUGUUUUUUUUUUCUGGA